CGACUUUACCCACUGCAGUUGAUCACAACUAUCACCAACUCCAGAACCAUCUUACAUAACGCACUUCAGCAGAGAUUCCAACCCGGAUGUCACCACCCCCCCCCCCCCCACUAGUUGGGGCCUAAACACAACCAAGCUAUUUUAGGGGGAACCAGGCGGGGGGCAGGCGGAUGGAUGAGUUUCUGUCUCUCUUAUUUCGUCACGGGUCGAAUAACGUUAUAUUUCACUACAGAGUAUACACGAUAUACGAACAAGUCACCAGUUUUUCAUCGAAACAAGCAAACCCGAUAACGCAAAACCAAGAUGCGAUGCCAAGGAACCAAAGAAUCGGGGGCGGUGCCUUAUCAUUUCAUGACAUUCUCCACAGGAACAGGGACAAGAGAGAGCCAGCCCACCUACCGUUUGAAUUCGGUUUUUACGGAGUACAUACUGUUGGUAUAUGUAUAACUUCCAAUUAUCCAUCGAUGAAUGAGGUUUGUGUCCCGUACGGAGUACUGCAACUCAACAUUGUCGAGUUGCAGAUCAGAUCACAUGUAUCAUCCAGAAGCCAUCCCCAAAUCUCAUGCCGAAAUGUACGAGUGUGGGCUUCGAUCGGCGGUUGUACUUACGCGCCAGAAAAAUAAGAAACAAAGAAACAUAAGCAAGUAAAUCCGGCCCCGGCCUGCCGACUAAUUUGUUUUGAUUGGGUUGAAGGGGGGGGGGGAACUCAAAAUACCUUCACCGAAAGAAUGACAGGAGAGGGA